AUGGGAACAAAGUUUAGUGCAGCAGUUAUCACUCUUUUUCUUUCAUCCCUCCUUCUUCAACAGGCGUUUUCUGAAUCCAACGAUGGAAUCGUUAGAAUUGGACUCAAAAAGUUUAAGUUAGAUGAAAACAACCGGAUCCCUGUUCAGAUUACCACGCAAAUACUGGAUUCUCAAAAUGCUGACGGCAUUGUAAAGCUAACGAAUUUCAUGGACAUGCAGUACUAUGGUGAGAUUUCAAUCGGUACACCACCACAGAAAUUCACUGUGCAAUUUGAUACAGGAAGCUCUAAUCUGUGGAUACCUUCCUCAAGAAGGUGCUACUUAUCUCGUUGGUGUUUCUAUGUCCCUCGUUCAAGAACAUAUAAGAAGAACAAAUACGAUGCCCGUCGUUCAAGAACGUAUAAAAAGAACGGAACAUCUGCUGAGAUACACUAUGAUUCAGGUUCAAUAGCUGGCAGGUUUAGCCAAGACAAUAUUUUAGUUGGUGGUUUAACAAUCAAGAAUCAGGACUUCAUUGAAGCAACAAGAGUGUCCCGUUCUAUAUUUAAGUUUGCUAAGUUUGAUGGCAUUCUUGGCCUUGGAUUUCGGGAGCUAACAGAUUAUGGUGUUGUUCCAAUAUGGUACAACAUGAUGAACCAGGGACUGAUUCGGAAUCCAGUGUUCUCAUUUUGGCUUAAUAGAAACGCAAAAGAAGUGGAAGGAGGUGAACUUGUGUUUGGUGAGAUUGAUCCAAAGCAUCACAAGGGGAGCCAUACUUAUGUCCCUGUGACCCACAAGCCUUAUUGGCAGUUUGAUAUGAGUAAUGUUUCAAUCAAUGGUCAAUCAAUAGGUGUUUGCAGAUCUGGUUGUUCUGCAAUUGCGGAUUCUGGAACUUCUUUGUUGGCAGGUCCAACGACUGCUAUUACCAUGCUAAACCAUGAAAUUGGAGUCAAGGGAGUAGUAAGUCAUGAAUGCAAGUCAAUUGUUAAAGAGUAUGGACAAACCAUUCUGAAAAUGCUCCUAGAAGAGGCUAAGAAAAUUUGUUCCCUAAAUGGAUUAUGCCCAGUUAAUGGAACUAAGCGUAUCGAGAAAAAUAGUAAUAGAAUAACAUCACAUGUUUUCUCUAUCGGCAUGUGCGAUACUUGUGAAAUGAUAGUUGUGUGGAUGGAGAGUCGGCUAGUGAAGAAACAAACAAAAAAUGAUAUUUUAAACUAUGUUAAUAAGCUCUGUGAUUCACUGCCAAGACCAUAUCAAGCAUCAACUGUGAAUUGUUCACAAAUUUCCUCAAUGCCUAUAGUUUCGUUUUUAAUUGGUGGUAGAAAAUUUUCCCUCUCGUCUAAGGAGUGUAUAUGGAAGAUGGGAGAAGGUGCUGCUGAAGAAUGCAAAAGUGGCUUUAUUUCUUUGGAUGAUAAUUUUAAUUUGCCUCCUUAUAAACCCUUUUGGAUUUUGGGGGACAUAUUCAUGGUUCGUUAUCAUACCGUAUUUGACUUUGGAAGAUCGAGAAUUGGAUUUGCGGAUGCUGCAGGAUAA